AUGUUUCUGUGUAAGUACCUGACCCAGUCAGUGAAGAAGAGUGUGGUGAGAAAUGGGCACAUCAAACGAAUCACUGACAAUGACAUUCACUCCCUGGUGUUGGAAGUUGAAGGGACAAACGUCAGCACCACCUACAUCACGUGUCCCGCAGACCCAAAGAAGACACUGGGCAUCAAGCUUCCCUUUUUGGUCAUGAUCAUAAAGAACCUCAAGAAAUAUUUCACUUUUGAGGUCCAGGUGUUGGAUGAUAAAAAUGUCCGGCGGCGUUUUCGGGCGAGUAACUACCAGAGCACAACACGAGUGAAGCCGUUCAUCUGCACUAUGCCAAUGAGGCUGGAUGAUGGGUGGAAUCAGAUCCAGUUCAACCUUUCAGACUUCACCAGGAGGGCGUAUGGAACAAAUUAUAUUGAGACGCUGCGUGUACAGAUCCACGCAAACUGUCGCAUUAGGAGAGUGUAUUUCUCCGACAGACUGUACUCUGAGGACGAGCUCCCUGCAGAGUUUAAACUUUAUCUGCCUGUCCAGAAUCAGAAGGCCAAGCAGUAGACCUUCUCCACCUGCAUCGCUCCCUGUGUGAUGAAAUUUGUAAUAUAGUCCUUUUGGAGCUAGAGUUCUGAGUGAUGUCUUGUGUUCUCUGCUCAAUAAAGUUUUUUCAAUUAAUCGUUGUUUAACAAUAUUUUUGCAAUAAAACUAUAGUUUUGUGUGCUGA